CGCAUAUUUUACAGGGACAAUCAGGCCAGGCCGUUCGAGUUGUUGACGGCAACGCUUCUGAACAAACAUCAGUUGUUGCGAACUAGAGCGGAGCAGAUUGCUACAUCAGGGACGCUGCUUUCAAAGACGAUAUUAGACUGGACCUAUUGUCGAAAAGCGAAGACUUUGGAACUCCUUAAAUCCAAGUCUUGAGCAUGCGGUCUUUACGGCUUUGGAUGUUGCUGGUAAUGGUAGCGACUCUGGAUCUGUCAUUGGCUUUUACUACCAAAAAGCGCGAACCGUCGCGGCACGUGUUUGUGGCUCCGGGCAAAGAGGAAGCGGCCGCUACGGUAUCGCAUCAACAACAAAGCAACGCGGCAGCCUUGGCGUUUGCCCAAGCCGUAGCUUAUGGCAUGCCACUGACUGAUGAUGCAGACGACGAAAUAGAAAUUGGCUACGGGACCGCUUUGAUCUCGUGUGCUCUUUCUUUGGCCUUGGGGUUUGGCCUCGGGUAUGGAACUUGAAAGUUGCAGGGCAAUACGCGAAUACAAUGAAUGUACUCGCGAUUUCGAAACAAGAAAACGUCAUCUUGCUGAUUCUGUUUCAAUAAACUCUCUCUUAUUUAAUGCCAUGCGGUGCUUGAAAGGAGGUCUUCGAGGAGGACCUUGGUGAUCUUCUCUGGAUACCUUUGCUGUAUACGCAAUCACACUAUAGAAACUAACAUAGUGCUGAAGUAUUACAUUAUACAUAUAGAUCUUUAUCGUUUGGAU